AACACAGACAGUGCACGAGUGAACUGGAAUAAGGAAUUUAUUCUGCACAACCGCACACCAGCACGCGCUUGCACCAGUUGCCGGAAUAUUUACAUCUGCAAGAAACUGAAAGGAUUCCGACACGAUGGACUCCGACACGAGCCGAGUGUCCAGUAGACCUUCCUCUCCUGAAGGCGAUGACCUCUUCCUGUCCGCCGUGAAGAAAUCUGUGGGUUUCUCUGGUGCCGUGUCUUCCACUCAGAGCGACUCUCCUCCGGAGUUAAGAGGCGCUGAACUGCUUGGCAUGUCCAGCUCCGAUGAGGAUGCAAUGGCUCUGAAGAUGCUCAGCAAAAAGGACCGCAAACUUCUCUCGGAAAACGAACUACAGAGCAUGCGCCUCAAGAUCAACAGCCGAGAGAGGAAGCGCAUGCACGACCUGAACAUCGCCAUGGACGGGCUCCGGGAGGUCAUGCCCUAUGCCCACGGGCCAUCCGUGCGCAAACUCUCCAAAAUAGCCACCCUGCUGCUCGCGCGCAACUACAUCCUCAUGCUGAGCAGCUCACUAGAGGAGAUGAAACGGCUCGUGAGCGAGAUCUACGGCGGCGGGAGCGGGACUCAUCAUGCCGCUUUCCACCCGUCCAGUUGUGGCACCCUAAUGCACGCGGCAGCUGCUCCGUUACCGGGCCACCCUGCUGCUGUCUCGCACCCCUCUCAUGCGGUGCAUCAUCCUCUGCUUCCGCCAGCAGUCUCCACUGCCGCUUCUCUAUCCGCUCCCGGUCUCUCGACUAUCAGGUCGCAUCACGGACUCCUCAAGGCACCGUCAGCCGGUGUUGGGCCACUCGGCACAAGUUUCCAGCACUGGGGCGCGGGGAUCCCGUGCCCGUGCAGCAUGUGCCAGGUGCCUCCACCCCACGUGUCAGCUAUGAGCACCGUCAGCAUGCCACGACUGACCAGUGACUCAAAAUAAAGCACUGAACUCUAAAAGAGAGUUUCAAAAACACUUUGAAAAGGAACCAUAAAUUUUACUGUUUUAUCCCGUGUUUAUCCUUUUAUGGCUGAACAAGGUGAACUGAAGGUGAAUGGGUCAAAGCCACUAACAUAGAAUUUUCUAACAUAUUAGAGGAAUUAGGGUUUAUCCAUGUUCAUUUUUGUGUAUGAAGUUUAUGAAAAUGCAUGGUAUACCUUAUCUUUGCCUUUCAAGACUUGGACAAGUGUAAUGUGAAAUAAGACAUGUAAAACAAUGUACAUGUUUUAGACAUGUAAUUAUGUCUAAAAUAAAUCCGACCAAUUCCUACUAUACAAUUAAGAGGGCUAAAUCAUUUAUUGGACCAUUUCUGUUAAAUGAAAUUAUACAUUUGAAAAGGCCCUGUGACUUUGGGAACACUUUAUAUUAUACUGAGUAAAUAUGUAGAUACCAUUUGUACAGUUUGAGAGAUUUUAUAUUAUCUUCCCUAGCUUAUGUCUGUGGUUAGAACACGAGCUGUCUGUAACGGGAAUCAAAAUACACCCAUUUAUUCCUGUACUCUCUCUUUCUCUCUUUUGCUCUCUCUCUUCAGUCUGACUUUCAUUCUUCCUUAUUUUUAUUUUUUCUUUCUGCACAAGCCUGUCCGUCAUUACCGAUGCGAAGAAUGAUAAACUUGUAUUUUUUUAUAACAAAGCGCAAAAUGAUAUUUAUUUACUUAUUUUGAUGGUAUUUUCAAAUUGUGCGGUGAAUGUUUGAGUCCUAACUGUAAAAUAAAAGUUUAAAGUGAUACAUGAUUAUUUGUUUGUGCUUGUUUAAUUCAUCAGAAUCGUUUUUCUUUUUCUCAAAGGGUAGAAACAGCCCUUAAAACAUGACAGGAGAUGGCAAAAAGGAAAAACAAACAAAAAAUAAGGUCUCAUUGGAUAAAUAAAUAAAUAAUUCUACGAUCAAAAACUGAUAGGCUAUACAUCGAA